AUGAGUGUUUGGAGUGAGGUGAUGAAGGCUGAGGGCCAGGUAAGCUCCGGAGAAGCGGUGAGGUUUCUGCUCCUUUUCCUCUCUUGUCUAAGUCUAUGUGAAGCAGUAUUGGACGCAAAGGAAUGCGCAAAAGCAGGCGUGCUGUGCCACCCUCAGGCCGACUGUCUCAAAGUGCAGACCGACUAUGUGUGCGUGUGCCAAAUGGGUUAUCAGGGCGACGGGACGGUGUGCAGUGACAUCGACGAAUGCUCCAGUGGACUCAACAACUGCCACUCCAAAGCCCGGUGCAACAACACUUUAGGAAGUUACGUUUGUGAAUGUCUAAAAGGAUACACAGGAGAUGGACAAAACUGCCAAGAUAUUGACGAAUGUAUUAAGGAGAACGGAGGUUGCCACGAAUAUGCCAUUUGUACCAACACUGAAGGAGGGAGGAAAUGCAGUUGUAAAAAUGGAUUUACCGGGAAUGGUUUUUUAUGCAAUGACAUCAAUGAAUGCGCAAGUCAGCGAACAUGUCACUGGAACGCAACCUGUACGAAUAACCCUGGAUCUUACGUCUGUACCUGCAAUCCAGGUUAUAAAGGAAAUGGGAACUAUCUUUGCUUGGAUGUUGAUGAAUGCUCAGAAACGCCUCAGAUUUGCUCUUUGUCUCUUGGCUAUAAAGGCUGCAAAAAUCUACCGGGGACUUUCCAAUGCACCUGCAGCACUGGGUUUGAAAGUAACGGACAAAUAUGUGAAGACAUUGAUGAGUGCACUACCCAGAGGUGCAGCUCGUACGCGCUUUGUGAGAAUACAAGAGGGUCAUUCACGUGCACGUGUAAGAAAGGUUUUGACGGAAAUGGGAUGACCUGUGUUGACAUAAACGAAUGCGUCGAUGGGUCAAACAACUGCGAUCCGAACGCCGCUUGUAUCAACCGACUCGGAACGUACGAAUGUUCCUGUCGCGAUGGUUUUCUCGGCGAUGGGCGAAAAUGUGACGACAUAAAUGAAUGCGAAAACCAGGACCUUUGCCCCUCUUUCACAGAUUGCGUUAACACACCUGGAUCAUACUAUUGUGACUGUGGAGUUGGAUACGUCUUCAAUAGUUCCAAGUGCAUAGAUGUUGAUGAAUGUGAAAAGGGACUGUGUAGCCCUUACGCUACUUGUCAAAACUCAGCUGGUUCUUUUAGAUGCCAGUGCAAAACAGGCUACAAUGGAGAUGGUUUUCGCUGUGUGGACAUAGAUGAGUGCUCACUGUCUCUUCAAUGCCACCCUAAAGCGAUCUGCCUGAACUUACCUGGCGCCUACAACUGCACUUGUGAGGCUGGCUAUAAAGGGGAUGGACUGACCAAAUGCGACGAUGUAGACGAAUGCUUAGCGGACAAUGGCGGGUGCAAAAACAAAGCAAGCUGCGUCAACACUGAAGGAUCUUUCUAUUGCGUUUGCCCUUCUGGAUUUUCACUGAUUAAUAAAACAACCUGCUUAGAUAUAAACGAAUGUGAGAAACUAGAAAACCCAUGCGGAGCGAAUGAAGAGUGUAAAAACAUUGACGGGUCAUUCGAAUGCAAUUGUAAAGCUGGAUACUACCGCCCUCCAAGUAGUAAAACUUGUGUUGACAUGGACGAAUGUGAAAACAACCCAUGCCACGUGAACGCGACAUGUCUCAACACCAUCGGUUCCCAUACUUGUACGUGUAUUCGAGGAUUUGAAGGCAAUGGCACCGUGUGUAAUGAUAUAGACGAGUGUUCAGAAGACGGGGGGACUUGCCAUCCUCACGCUACAUGUGUUAACUCCAUCGGCGGGUUUGCUUGCUCCUGUCUGCAAGGCUUCACUGGCGAUGGGAUCAUGUGCGAAGACGUAGACGAAUGUACCGAUGACCAGCUAUGCCCAAGUUUUUCAGUCUGCGUCAAUUCUCCUGGUGCGUUCGUGUGCUCCUGUUUGAAUGGGACACUGGUUUUGAACAACACAUGCAUCACCCCGAGUCAACAGUGCGACCCAUCCUGCCAUUCCCGGGGACUCUGCCACCCCUCGCCGUCCGGGUACCAGUGUGUUUGUGAUAAGGGGUAUGUGGGUUCUGGGGUGAGCUGUUCUGAUAUUGAUGAAUGCCGGCUGGACAGUGUCUGCCCCAAAAAUGAGACUCAGUGUGUGAACGUGCCCGGGUCGUACUCCUGUGUCUGUAAACAAGGAUUCACUCAAGUUGGCUCCAGCUGUUUUGAUUUAGACGAGUGUCUAACAGGACAAAAUGACUGCAGCAGAUUCGCCAAAUGUGUCAACACCGUCGGCAGCCAUCUUUGUUCCUGCCUCAACGGCUUCACUGGAGAUGGCAAAAACUGCUCAGAGAGUGUCCUGUUUCCUUAUGGAGAGGAGGUUGGAGAUGAAGCUGUGAUGAUCACAGACGGGGACGGAAACUCUCCGUACAUCACUCCUCCAGUCGACUUUCCUUUUCUCGGAAAGUCCUAUAAAAGGAUUUACUUUUCGGACAAUGGCCUGAUUCAGCUCCAGACUCCAGAUGAGAACGAGCAGUACCUCCUCCCUGCUCCCACGGGUGCUGCCUUCCCCAAACACAGGAACCUGUCUCUGUUGGCUGCGUUUUGGGAUGACGCGGACCUCAGCAACGGGAGAGGACGAGUGUUUUAUCAGGAGUACAGUGAGUUGGACAUGUCAGACGUUUACUCUCAGAUUGUGUUUAACCGCACAGCAGCAGAAGUCACAAAGUUUCAACAAAGACUCAACAAACCUGCGUUCACUCCGGCCUACAUCCUCAAGGUCACAUGGGACCAUGUCUUGCCCCCCGUCUACCAGAAACUCAACUUAGAGGAGACCAACACCUUCCAGUGCAUAUUGACCACUGACGGCGGCAGCUCAUUCGCUUUGCUGAAGUACGGGGACAUGCUCUGGGGCCCGGGACAGAGGCAGCACCACAACGCUCUGGUCGGCUACACAGACGGGACAAAUACCCAUAUCGAACCCACAGUCCCAGCUGACAACAUAUUCGGAAAGGGGGGCAGAUACCGACCCAACCAAUGGACAGGAACUCUGGGAAAACCUGGAGAACUGGUGUACGAUCUUUCAAAUCCGUCAGGCGCAAAUUCCGAUUCAAGAAUUAAGUGUCAAGAGUGGGCUUUGAAACAACCAGAUGCGAGCGAAUGGGCGUCUGGUCUACCGUCUUGUCCCUGUACAAAAACACAAGCACUCGGAGAUAUGUCGUUUAUCCAAGAAGUGCUGGACCAGACUGACAGAGUGGCUGCGCUGAGGCUCCAGAGAUAUGGAGGGGUGGGCGGUCACGUUUUUCGGUCUGUCCUGUCCAAUGCGUACGGAUCAGGGAAGAGGUGCGUGUACGAGCUAGAGGGGGAUUUGCUGACGGGAUACAGCGAGAGAUACUUCACUGCGACAGAAAGACAGAGACAUAUAGAUGAAGACCUGCUGCCGUUCCAGUGGUGUUGUAUCGACUCUCCUCUGUGCGACCUUUACCUUAGACAGCGCCCCCUGGACCGCUGCCAGGGUUACUGCUGGGCCGACCCCAGCAACUGCUCCACGACCAAGAAGGCGGGGCAGGGCGUCGCAAUGGUGUUUGGCAGUCUGCACUUCGUCACGUUCGAUGGGACAGAGUACUCUUUCAAAGCUUUGGGAGAGUUUGUGAUCGUUCGUCUCUCCUCGUUCACCGGCUCAAAUAUCUUCACUCUUCAAGGACAACAUGAGCCGCUCCAGUCAAACUUGAACCAGGUCUUCUCCCAGGUCCCAGCGGUGGUGCGCAUGGCCGCCUUCUACCAGGGCAUCGGGAAGGUGGAGUGGAGAUGUGCAGACGCGGGAGAUGGCCUUCAGCUUAUUGUGGACGAUGUUAAUAUCCCAGUCUAUGUUGGAGUGGUGCACGUUGGCCGGAGGGACUUUGCGGUGCGCUGUCUGUCUGUGAGCCACUGCGUGGCAGUCUAUUCUGGGGGGCUGCAUGUGUCCGUGAGGAGGGUCUCAGGGUACAGGGAGUUGGGGGCCGAGGUGGAGGUCCCUCAGAAGUUCUUUAACCGCACGGUGGGUCUGAUGGGACUGUGGUGCUCAAACCGAUCAGCUGACUUCCUCAUGUCAGACGGGAUCCUGCUGGUGCCCCCCAGCUUCAGCUCCCUCCCACAAGAUAAGAUAAACGCCUUUGGGAUGUCAUGGGCAGUCCCUGUACCAGAGUCCCUGCUCCUGUCUCCUCCUCCUGGACCCUUCACUCCGGUCUCGACUGAGAGCUUGCUCCAGAGCGCCUCCCCGGCCCAAGUCAGCGAGCUGAGGACGUUCUGCUCUGGGAACAUGCAGUGUGUUCACGACACUUUAGCCACUGGAGACAUGGAGCUGGGGGAGGAGGCUCGGCAGGCCAAGGAGAGGCACACGAGUAUGGCUCUGCUCUAUGGAAACAUGCCUCCCAUCGUGACAACCCCUCUGGAGAUCCGGGCCACAGUAAACAUCACAGUCCAGGUUAAACUCACGGCCCGGGACUCAAACGGAGACCCCAUCUCCUUCUCUCUGAUGUACCCCAGACCUCUGCGUGUCAAUCUGGCAGGGGACGGUGUGUUGUCUUGGACCCCCCUCAGUACCAGCCCUGUCCAGAUCCAGUUGAAAAUCAGCGACUCCACCUCCAGCACUCUGUUUGUGCCCACCAUCAAACUGUGCAACUGUGUGAACGGAGGGACCUGCCAGUUCAACACCCCCACAAAGAGCCACCUGCUGGGCAAAUUCCAGUUGGUGGCCUGUUUGUGCCGUAAAGGAUUUGGAGGGCAGUUCUGUGAAAAGCGUACUAACGUGUGUAAUGGGCUGCCCUGUUACCCGGGGGUGACCUGUGAGCCCCUCAGUCAACCCGACGAGUUCAACUGUGGGCCGUGUCCCGACAAAACUGUGGCCAAUGGAAAAGAGGGAUACAAGUGCUUUGAACAAGACUUCUGCGAGCCGCCUCACCCUUUCCCGUGUCACAAAGACGCCAUCUGUAAGAGUUCAAAGUCCAACUACACCUGCACCUGUAAACCUGGGUUCACUGGAAAUGGAAAGAACUGCACAGACAUCGACGAGUGUGCAAAUCUUAAGACGUGCCCCAAUGCAAAGUACGAGUGUAAGAACACACCUGGCUCUGUGGCAUGUGUCUGCAGAUACAAAGAUAGCAACCACAAUGACGGAUGUGGUGACUCUGCCAAUCCUCCAGGAUCAAAUGUUUUCAAAGUGUCACUGGGCUGGCAGCAGAACAAUGGACUCACGCAGCUGGAGAAUCUUUGGUCGUCUGGUUUUACGAAUAAGUUUUACAAUGCGAGUCAGAUCAACCCGAGCGAGUACCGUGUGAAUGUCUCCAGUGAUACUCCACACUGGUACAUACAGGAUUACAUGUCCCGGGCCAGCACCGAAUACAAGAUCCAGUCAGUCAACGUCGAAGACUUAGAUGAAUGUGCAACCAAAAUCGCGGUUUGUAAGGAGCCUGCCGUCUGUGAAAACACAUAUGGAGGUUAUAGAUGUGUCUGUAACGGUGAGGCCGAUGUGGACGAAAACCAGGAGUGUAUCCUCAAUGCCCAAGUCUCGUCCUCUAAAUCAAACCUGGACCUGAUUCUGGGGUUAGUUUUGGGGCUGGGGAUCCCGCUCCUGCUGCUGUUCCUGGCUCUGCUCGCCUACUGCUGCUACUCCAGGAGGAAGAAAGUCACCGGAGAUCUGCCACACUUAAUCCCAGAGUACCUACAGGACUACAAACCCCCUCCGUUUAACUACGAGGACCCGUCUUUACGUUACCUCCGGCACUGCAGCCCACGCCUCAUUGACAACAUCAUCCCCCGACAGAGAAUGAACCACAUGACUUAUAUGAACGACGUGAGGAGAUGACGGACACAUGCACUCCAAUGCACUGGCAUAUGGAGCUCUGCAGUGAUCGCCCACCACUUGGUUCCAGACAAUUUCCCAUUCAUUUUUCCCGUAGACUUUCAGAAAUAAACUAAUAAAAACAUGUAAAUACGGUUUGAAUGCUCACGUGUGGUAAUGAAGCCACAAAGCCUAUACUGAACUGCUAACUUAUAAAAACAUUUGACAGAAUUUUACGUUUUUAGUGUGUAUGUGUAUGUGUUUUUUUGUUUUGUUUUUGAGUUUGUCUAAAAGUCUAUGGGAAAAUGAAUGGGGAAUGUUCGGAUGAGGACUUUUGAGCUCCAUUAAGGUGCCAGCACUUUGUUUUAUAACCAUGAAAAGAAGAAAAUAUUAUUUAUACUUUAACAGCUAAUAUGUUUUGUGUCCUACAAUUUUAUGUAAUAUAUUUUUCAGAUGGAGGGCAGGGGACUAUAUAUAUAUAUAUAUAUAUAUAUAUAUAUACAUAUAUAUAUAUAAUAAUAUAUAA